AUGGUAGUAAACCAUUUCAAGCUUAACCAUCAUAUCCAUAACUUCAACCUUGGUGGGAUGGGUUGUGGUGUUGGAAUCACAACCACUGAUCUUGCUAAAGACCGUGUGGAUACCUAUCCAAUAACUUAUGCACUUGUAGUUAGUAGAGAAGUUUUUUCUAUGACAUCAUAUGUUAUUGCUUUGAGUUAUGACUCAUGCAUGUGGCAACUGGUUUCAUGUGAUCGGGUUUGCCAAAUAGCUUAUGGGGCAGGUUCAACAUCAACUCCCCACCACCCUUAA